UUCAGUUCUCUCUCAACUCUCAUCCAUCCCCACUGAUGAUAAAUAUUGAUAACAAUCCGUUUUUCACUAAGAAAUUAAUCAUGAAUCCUCCUAAUCCGGCCGUCCUCCACAUUUCACUGCUUUUAGUCACUUUUGUUGGCAGUUUCUUUACCGUCGCCGCCAUAGAUAAUUCCACUAUUCCCAUCAUCAAAGAUGGAGAUCGCUUGGUGUCCAGCAACAAGAAUUUUGCUCUUGGGUUCUUCAGCUUCAACAAUUCCACCACUCGCCGAUAUGUCGGAAUUUGGUACAACACAAUUCCUCAACUAACCCUCGUUUGGGUUGCCAAUAGAAACCAACCCCUAAUCGACACCUCAGGAACCUUAGCCCUCGACCGUCAUGGCAACCUCCUCGUUUUCUCCGACACACAAACCAUAUCUCUUUGGUCUACAAACGCUACCCUCCCAUCAAACGACGUGUCGGUUCAGCUUUGGAAUACGGGAAAUCUCGCCCUUGUUGAACGACAGAGCCGAAAGGUUAUAUGGCAAAGCUUUGAUUAUCCAUCUGAUGUUUUAAUUCCGUACAUGAAAUUGGGGGUGAACCGGCGGACCGGGUUCAGCUGGUUCCUAACUUCUUGGAAGGCGCAAGACGACCCGGGAAUUGGGAAUUUCAGUUGCCGGAUCAACCCGACUGGGUAUCCGCAGCUGGUUUUGUACCAGGGGGAUGUUCCAUGGUGGCGGGGAGGGCCGUGGACAGGGCGGAGAUGGGCCGGAGUACCUGAAAUGACGAGGUCGUUUAUAAUCAACACAUCCUACAUCGACAACGCCGAGGAGGUCUCCAUAACAAACGGCGUCACGGUCGACACGGUUCUAAUGAGAAUGACUCUCGACGAAUCCGGUUCGUUGCAUCGGUCCACGUGGAACGAACAGGACCAAAAGUGGAACGAGUUUUGGUCGGCCCCGACCGAGUGGUGCGACAAGUACAACCGGUGCGGUCCGAACUCUAACUGCGACCCGUACAACACGGAGCAGUUCCAAUGCAAGUGCCUGCCAGGCUUCGAACCACGGUCCAACCAUAAUUGGUUCUUGAGAGAUCCGUCGGGUGGGUGCGUCAGGAAAAGGCCGAACGCCACGUGUGGGAGUGGAGAGGGUUUCGUGAAGGUGGAACGUGUGAAGGUUCCGGAUUCGUCGACAGCACGUGCGGAUAAGAGUAUGAGUUUAGAAGCGUGCGAACAAGCGUGUAUGAAGGAUUGUAAGUGUACGGCUUACACGAGCGCAAAUGAGACGACGGGGUUCGGGUGCGUGACAUGGUAUGGAGAGUUGUUAGACACGCGGACCUAUGCCAACGUGGGUCAAGAUCUGUACGUACGAGUUGAUGCCGUUGAAUUAGCUCAGUAUUCCCAAGAGUCAAAUCGUUAUCCAACGAAGAAGGUGAUAGCCAUCGUCGUAGUAUGUUUUGUCGCAUUGGUGCUACUCGUGGCCUCGCUAGUUUAUUUAUGGGAGCUGCUAAAAAAAAGAAGGGAAAGGGAGAGACCACCAAGUUUCUCUGGUAACUUUGGGGACCCGCCAAGUACGAAGGAAUUUGAUGAAAGUAGAACAAGCUCAGAUUUGCCAGUGUUUGACUUGGUCACUAUAGUUAAGGCAACCGACAAUUUUUCUUUUAACAACAAGCUUGGAGAAGGUGGCUUUGGGGCUGUUUAUAAGGGAAAGCUUACAAAUGGAGAGGAAAUUGCAGUUAAAAGGCUAGCUAAGAAUUCAGGGCAAGGAGUUGGAGAGUUCAAAAAUGAAGUCACUUUAAUUGCAAAGCUCCAACAUAGAAACCUGGUCAGAAUUUUAGGGUAUUGCGUUAAGAAUGAAGAGAAAAUGCUUGUGUAUGAAUACUUGUCAAACAAAAGCUUGGACUCUUUCAUCUUUGGUAAGUCUUUUUAAUUUUGCUUAAACAUUAACAAGACUUGACCAACUCCAUCUUUUUUUACUUUUGUUUUAGAUGAAAGCAAGAGGGCUUUGCUUAAUUGGAGAAAACGCUUUGAAAUCAUUUGCGGUGUCGCUCGAGGGAUGCUAUAUCUUCAUCAGGAUUCUCGAUUGAAAAUCAUUCAUCGAGAUUUGAAGGCAAGCAAUAUACUAUUAGAUGCUGAGUUGAAUCCCAAAAUUGCGGAUUUUGGUAUGGCAAGAAUAUUUGGUCAAGAUCAAAUUCAAGCAAACACAAAUCGAAUUGUCGGAACGUAUGGUUAUAUGUCACCUGAAUACGCAAUGGAAGGUCUGUUCUCAGUGAAAUCAGAUGUAUAUAGCUUUGGAGUUUUGGUGUUGGAGAUGAUUACGGGGAAAAAGAACACCAACUACGAUUCCUCGUACUUAAACUUGGUCGGACAUGUUUGGGAGCUGUGGAAAUUGGAGAAGGCAAUGGAAUUGGUAGACCCAAGUUUGGAAGAAUCAAGCCGUGGAUAUGAAGUGAUGAGAUGCCUCCAAAUUGGGCUGUUAUGUGUGCAGGAGGAUCCGACAGAUCGUCCGACCAUGUCGAGUGUGGUGUUCAUGUUGGGCAACGAAGUGGGUGUUCCUUCUCCAAAGAAACCUGCUUUUAUUUUGAAGAGGAAAUACAACAGUGGAGAUCCAUCCACCAGUACUGAAGGAGCCAACUCUGUAAAUGACCUAACAAUUUCCAUAAUCAAUGCUCGUUAAUUAGACAUAGCAUAUUUGUUAUGAACUUAGAUUAAUUACUACUAUUUUCACUUCCAAAUUUAUUGUUAUAUCCAAAUAACUUUCAUAAUUGUAAAUCAUUCACUUAUAUGUUA